UCUUCAUGGCCUUGCGCGGGUUAGUGUAUUAUCGAGGACGCAGUAAAAUGGUUCUUAAGGCAGUAGUGAACGGAGUAAUUGCAGUUCUGUGGAUUGGCGUAAUAUGUGCGGGUGAAGUGGCAAGAUAUGACAAUUACCGAGUUUAUCGAUUGAUUGCCAAAAGCAAUGAUCAUCUCAAAACGUUGCAUGAGCUGCAAGAUUCCAGUGAUAGUUAUAUCUUCUUAGAAAAAGGCUUAAAAGUUGGCGAUGGAUUCAACAUUGUUGUCGCUCCUCAUAAACUGGCUGAUUUCACCGAAAUGCUGGAUGUCGACGGAAUCAAGGCUGAAAUUCUCGACACGAAUCUGCAACGUUCAAUUGAUGAGGAAAAAUAUCGAAUGCAAUCGAAACGUACCAAGGGAAUCUUUGACUGGAACGAAUAUCACGAAUUGGAAGAAAUUCAUAAUUGGUUAGAUAAGUUGGCUCUAAAUUAUGAACAAGUUGAAGUGGUUGAAGCAGGACAUUCAUAUGAGAAUCGUACAAUCAAAGGAGUGAAAGUGUCGUAUAAAAGUGGCAAUCCAGGCAUCUUUCUCGAAGGUGGAAUACACGCCCGUGAAUGGAUCUCCCCGGCAACAGUGACAUAUAUUCUGAAUGAACUUCUCACCAGUCAAGAUCCUAAAGUGAGAAAUAUUUCAGAAAAUUACGAUUGGUACAUCUUCCCGAAUGUUAACCCAGAUGGUUAUGUAUAUACCCACAAGAAGAACCGCUUGUGGCGUAAAACUCGGACUCCAUAUUCGCGAGCGUGUUUCGGCGCUGACCCUAAUAGAAAUUGGGACUUCCACUGGGCCGAGCAAGGGACGAGUGAUCGAUGCAACACGGAAACUUAUGGAGGUCCGUACGCAUUUUCGGAAGUGGAGAUGAAGAGUUUAUCGCAGUACAUUGAAUCUUUGAAAGGAAAAAUACAGGCAUACAUUGCCUUCCAUUCAUACUCCCAGGUUCUUCUGUACCCCUACGGACACACUAUCGAACACACCCCAAAUCACGACGAUUUGACUGACAUCGCAAAUGCAACUGUCACGGCACUGGCGAAACGAUAUGGAACCAAAUAUUACUACGGAAAUACAUACGAAGCCAUCUAUCCAGCGAGUGGAUCGAGUGCAGAUUGGGUUUACAAUACUCUGGGAGUAAGAGUAGCUUACACUUAUGAACUGCGUCCGAGUCCAAGCUCGUGGAACUCGGGUUUUAUUCUACCAUCUGAACAGAUUGUCCCGACUGGAGAGGAGACACUUGACUCGCUCGUGACGCUGGUGGAAGAGUCGGCCAAGAGGAAAUACUUUGAGCUUUAGUAUUUUUUCGUUAUACACCGUAUCUGUUUAAUCAGUGAAUGGCUACAGAUUAGAUUAUGAUAUAAUAAAUAUGAAAGGGCCACUUGAAAUAAAAUCGUAUUUAUGUUUAAAUUGUCCAAUCUGUAGACGUGAAUAAGUUUGGAUGGAUUGCCAAUUAUUUACAGACGAUUAAAUGCAUUUAGGUAUGCACUUCCAUUAAUUCUAGUCCCCCUGUAUACUUAAAACGAUAUCAAAAUAAUACGGUUUCAGGCAAAUGGUAGGUUCUAGAUUAUUUCAAGUGGAAUUUUGAUUAUUGAUGAUUAUGAUGAGAUAUGAGAUAUGAGCACGCAUACGCAGUUUAU